AUGCCUCCCCGUCGCCGCUCGAGAUCCAUCUUCGAGGAUGACGAUGAAGCGCAGUCAACGCCGGGAGCGGAAUCAUCCAAGCGUCAAAGGCGUCGCGACUCCGAUGACGAAGACGAAGCCGAAGAAAUCCAGGAAGUAGACGAGUUCCAAGAGGAAGACGGCCCAUCACAGAGUGCAUCUCAGAACAAUCCUGCCGAAUACUCCCCCGGAGCCGUCGUGCGAGUGAAGCUAGUCAAUUUCGUUACUUACGAGAAGGCCGUAUUCUACCCCGGCCCAAAUCUGAACAUGAUCAUUGGGCCCAACGGCACCGGCAAGAGUUCCUUGGUAUGCGCCUUGGCCUUGGGCCUUGGCUACAAUACGAGUGUUCUCGGUCGUGCAACCAAGUUCAGCGAGUAUGUCACUCAUGGCCAGGAUGAAGCCACUAUCGAAAUCGAGUUACAGAAGCGUCCCAACGAGAGGUCCAACCACGUUAUCCGCCUCGAAAUCACAAGAGAGAACGACAAACGCGAGUUCUGGCUCAACAACAAGAAGACCCCCGUGAAACACAUCCAAGCUCUUGUAGCCCGUCUGAGAAUAGCCUGCGACAACCUGUGUCAGUUUCUUCCCCAGGAGAAGGUCGCCGAGUUCGCCGGCCUUUCCCCCGUCCAGCUUCUCCACGAAACUCUCAGAGCCGCUGCGCCCGAGGAAAUGAUCACGUAUCAAACCGAGUUGAAAGGCUUGUUCAAGGACUUUAAGAGUGUGAAGACGAGGGCCGAGACCGACGUGGAUCAGUUAAAAAACUUGCAAGAUCGCCAGCAAGGUCUUCAAGCCGACGUCGAUAGGCUGAAUGAGCGAGAAGCUAUCAAGAAGAGCGUCCAGGACAUUAAGAAGGCACGUUGCUGCGCCGAAUACAACAUCGCUCGCACCAGGUACAAGGCGGCAAAUGCAAAGAAGAAGGAUGCAGAGAGACGUUUGCGCAGCCUUGAGCAGGCAAUGGCCCCAGCACUUGAAGCUGUCAGGGACAAGGAGGCAUAUCAGCACAAAAUCCAGGUCAUUCUCGAUCAGCGCAAGCGCGCUCUGAGAAAUGCUGAGACCACUGCUGAGCAGGCUUCUCGUGCAGUGGAAUCUGUAGAGGACAAGAUCAAGGGUGUUCUGAAUCAGAUCGACAACGAGAGAAAGUCGUUUGAUAACAAGAAGGCGGAUGCGCGCAGAAUCCGUCAAAAGAAAACCAAAUUGGAGGCCGACUACAAAAGCCAGCCUCCACAAUUUGAUUCCACAGAAUGGAAUCAGAAGAUUCGAGAGAAAGAGCAUAACCUACGCGAUAUAGUGACAGAGAGGCGUGAAGCUGACCAGAGAGCCACUGAUACCAAAACUUUGGGCAGGGGUGUGAAUGCCGAGAUGCAAACGAUCAAGAGUAGCAUUGAGGCUCUUACCACCCAAGAGGGUCAGAAGGCCAGCUUUCUCAAGAGGGUGAGCCCGGACGCUCAUCAAGGCUGGGAAUGGCUUCAAAGCAAUCUGGACAAGUUUGAGAAGGAGGUCUUUGGCCCCCCUAUGCUCACAUGUUCAUUGAAGGAUGAGCGCUACUCGAAUCUGGUACAAUCCAUGUUGCAACAAAACGACUUUCUCUGCUUCACAUGUCAGACCAGAGCCGAUCACAAGAAGCUCAGUGAUCAAUUCUACGGCAUGAUGAAGUUAUCCGUCACUAUUCGAACUUGCAAUACAGAUUUCCAAUCCUUGAGACCGCCAAUGGCAGCCGAUGAGGUCCGCCGCCUCGGUUUGGAUGGGUUUGCUUUAGAUUAUUUGGAAGGUCCAGAGCCAGUUCUUGCAAUGCUUUGCACCGAGAGAUUCUUGCAUGCUUCUGGUAUCGCUUUGAGUGAACUUAAGUCUGAACAAUUCGACGCCCUACAGAGUGGGCAGAAGAUAAACACCUGGGCAACGGGGCAAACAUAUUUCCGGGUCAUUCGGAGAAGAGAGUACGGCCCUGAUGCAACCACGACUAGCACCAGAAAGGUCAACCAAGGCAGGUUUUGGACCGGCCAAGCUGUUGACGUUGAUCCCAACGAGAAGGACGAGUUGCAAAAUCGUAUGGGCCAGAAGACCGCAGAGAGGGAGACCCUUGUCCAAGAAUACAAAGAUCUCAGAGCCCAGGUCGACGAGCUUGCGAGCAAAGAAGAAGAAGUGACUCGAGAGAUCCAACAACUCAGGCAAGAAAAGAGCGAAUUACAAAAAGUACACACACAAUGGACAGCGAUACCAGAUCAAAUAGAAAAACAGAACAUCGACCUGGCGAGAGCCUUGGACGCAAUUCGUGCAAGCAAAGCCACGAUUUUGACGCAAGAUCUCAUACGAGAUGAGCUAGUGAUGGAGAAAGCGCAUGCUAUCCUACACCACAAAGAAACAGUCUUACAGAUUCGCAACGCUCAUAUUGCUGUUCAAGAGGUGAACAUUCGGCUUAUUGAGGCCUCUUCUGAUGUCAGGGGGCUGAGAGAACGGAACAGUGACAUCGUCCGGGAGCUUGAUGAGAAGAAGCAAGAAAUCGAGGCAUCCGCUGACGAAGCUGCACUCGCCAAAGCCGAUGCCAAGCAAGCUCAAACACGGGUUCACGUCAUUGUCGCUCAAGGCCAAGACGGCGACCUAGAUCGCUACGAGGUGAUGGUAGCGAACAAAUCCCUUGAACAAAUUGACCAAGAAAUCAGCGCAGAAGAGGCCAAGCUUGAGCUUAUCCACGCAGUGGACCCGAGUGUUCUUCGCCAGUUUGAUGAAAGGGCCAAGAAGAUUGAGCAGCUACAAAAGCAAAACGAGGAGUUGAAUGGCAAGCUCGAGCGCCUCGAAGAACAGAUUAAGGAACUGAUGUCAAAGUUCGAGCCGAGAUUAGACACCAUCAUCGCAGCUGUCAACGAAGCUUUUGGGAGGAAUUUCGAAAGGAUAAGCUGCGCUGGCGAGGUCGGUCUUUUCAAGCAUCCAGACGAUUUCGAGCAGUGGGCCAUCGAGAUCAAAGUAAAGUUCCGUCAGAACGAGGAGCUUCAGCUGCUGAACCAACACCGCCAAUCUGGUGGUGAGCGUGCCGUCUCUACUGUAUUUUACAUCAUGGCUUUGCAGUCCAUGGCGCAGGCACCUUUUCGUGUCGUCGAUGAGAUCAAUCAGGGUAUGGACCCCCGAAACGAGCGUAUGGUGCACGAGCGCAUGGUCGAGAUCGCCUGCAAGGAACACACGAGCCAGUAUUUCCUUAUCACACCCAAGCUCCUCACAGGCUUGGCUUACGACGACAACAUGCGCAUCCUUUGCAUUGCCAGCGGCGUGCAUGUACCGGAGGAAGGCGACAAGUUGGAUUUCGACAAGUUGAUUCGCCAGCAGCUCGCCCGUCGGAGUGCACGUGUCGGCGCAUAA